CGCCUGAAGCAGCAGGGAUGUGCGCACAUCGUUUUCACCGACUGCCAGCACGAUGGCAACGUCAAAAAGAUUGUUCCCCUGGUUGCCAAGCUGGUGGGCAACAGCCCACGCUACCACAGGGCCGAGAGCACCGAGUACAGCAUCCUGGUGAUCGGCGUGCCCAACGUGGGCAAGUCGUCGCUCAUCAACUCCCUGCGGAGGCUGCACCUCAAAAAGGGGAAAGCCACAGCGGUUGGUGGUGAGCCGGGCAUCACCAAGGCGGUGCUGACCAGAAUCCAGGUUUGUGAGAAGCCCCUGAUGUACCUAGUGGACACGCCGGGCGUGCUGCCCCCAAAGCUGGGGGACGUGGAGACGGGCAUGAAGCUGGCGCUGUGUGGAGCCAUCCGUGACCACCUGGUGGGGGAGGACAUCAUGGCCGACUACCUCCUGUACACCCUGAACAAGCAGCGGCAGUUUGG